AUCUCUAUCGUCCCCAUUUCCUUCUAACACAACCUUUCGUCAUGCGUGCUGUUGUCUACCAAGGUCCAUUCACCGUCGCUGUCCAAAAUGUGGAGAGACCCAAAUUGAUUCAUCCGGAUGAUGUCAUAAUCAAAGUAACGGUUAGUUGUAUCUGCGGCAGUGACUUACAUAUGUACGAGGGUCGUACUAUAGCAGAGCCAGGACUUGUGUUUGGUCACGAAAACAUGGGCAUAGUUGAUGAAACGGGAGAAGGUGUACAGCUUCUCAAGAAAGGUGAUCGCGUUGUCGUGCCCUUCAACGUAGCCUGUGGUCGCUGCUUCAACUGCGAGGAAGGCAAGACUGGUUUUUGCACGCACAUGAACCCUGGAUCUGAGUAUGUGCGCAUACCGUUUGCCGACUUCAACGCUCUUAAGCUGCCACCCGGUACGGAACACGAAGAUGACUUCGCGAUGCUAGCGGAUAUUUUUCCGACGGGCUGGCACGGUAUCGAGCUUUCCGGUUUCAAACCCGGCGAAUCAGUCGCCGUCUUCGGCGCAGGUCCUGUUGGCCUCAUGGCGGGUUACUCCGCCAUCCUGCGCGGCGCGUCGGAGGUGUAUGUUGUCGACUGUGUCCCCGCUCGACUCAAGAAGGCGCGCGAGAUUGGAUGUAUUCCGAUCGACUUCUCGGAGGGAAGUGCCGUACAGCAAAUCUUGGACUUGCGUCACGGACGUGAGGUUGACCGUGGGGUCGAUGCCGUUGGAUACAAGGCUACAGGAGCAGACGGGAAGACAGAGCAAACAAACGCAGUGCUUGAGGCGCUCGUCAAUAUUGUCCGCCCCUCAGGCGGCCUAGGUAUUCCAGGCCUUUACACCCACGCCGAUCCUGGCGCGCCUGAUUUGGCUGCAUCGAAGGGUUAUAUUUCCUUCCCGAUUGGCAAAGUUUUUGAAAAAGGCCUCAGCAUCCGCACUGGCAUAUGCAGUGCUAAGUUAUACAACCGCUACCUUCGCGACCUCAUCAUCGCAGGCAAAGCGAAGCCUUCCUUUGUCGUGUCACACAAGUUGCCUCUCAAAGACGCAGCGAGUGCAUACGAUAAAUUCAGCAGGCGCGUGGAGGGAUAUACGAAGGUGCUGCUGAAGCCUUGAACUCAUUAACCAAAAGGAUGAGGAUAUACUGUAGCAACUUUCGGGGAUGUCUGUACUCACCGACACUUUAUGACCAUACGUAAUGACAAUCAUGUACCAUAAGACGGUGAAUGUUCCACAGGUCCUACCGUCCC